AUGAGGUCUCUCCUUGCCGCGCUUGGCAUCUUUUCCAGCGCGGUGGUUGCGACUACCGAAACCACUGGCAAAGCGUCCAUUCGCGAUCUUGGCCUACAGAAAUGGACUGUGACGAAUGAAUACGGUAAUAUCACCGUGCCGGGCAAGUUUCCUUCACAGGCUCAUUUAGAUCUCCAUGCGGCUGGUGUGAUUGGUGAAUACAAUGGCCUAAAUGAUUUUGAUCUACGGUGGAUUGCAGCUCAGAACUGGACGUAUUCUAGCAAGCCUAUUAGCGGAUUUAAACAGUCGAACACGGCCACGUGGCUAGUGUUUGACGGUCUGGAUACAUAUGCAACUGUCAAAUUCUGUGACCACAUUGUUGGAACGCCAGAUAACCAGUUCAGGCAAUGGUUCUACGAUGUCUCUUCUGCUCUUGCUAGCUGCAAGAGCGAUCCUGUUCUCAGCAUCAACUUUGGAAGCGUGCCUCGCAUUAUCAAUGCCAUCAACGCAAGCGAUGAAGUCCAGCAUUGGCCAGCUUCGGUGGUUUAUCCAUUCGAGUAUCCAAACCGUCAAUGGGUCCGCAAGGAACAAAAUGACUUUGGUUGGGAUUGGGGCCCAGCCUUCUCUCCAGUAGGACCUUGGCAACCUGGACGUAUUGUCCAGCUUAGCAAAGGCGGCGAGUUGUACUCUCUCAACACCGACAUUGACAUCUUUCGCAAGGGUCAGUUUAACAAUUUUGCUCCCGACCAGACUGCUCCAUGGGUAGUAAACGCGAGCCUUGAUUUUUUGGGAACUCUGCCAAAGCACGCUUCCAUGUCGGUGGUUAUUACCGAUGCCAAUGACAGCCGCUCAGUAUUGUACUCCGGCAAACUGGAGGGAGUGACACAGUCUGACAUGACAGUCUCUGGCUCUGUGACAAUAGAUGCCAAUAAGCCCAAGUUGUGGUGGCCUCGGGACAUGGGUAACCAGCAGCUAUACAACAUAACAGUCUCUGUGAGCAGCGCAGGGUCCAAGACACCGAUUCUUGUGUCCCAGCGGCGCGUUGGCUUCCGCACUAUCUUGUUUAGCUCGGGAAAUAUUACAGAUGCACAAAUUGCCAGUGGCAUCACUCCUGGAAACAACUGGCAUUUUGAGAUCAACGGCCACGAGUUUUACGCCAAGGGUGCCAAUUUGAUCCCUCCCGAUGCCUUUUGGCCACGAGUCACCUCGGAUAGAAUGAACCGUCUAUUCGACUCAGUUGAGUCGCAGAAUUUCAACAUGUUGCGCGUAUGGUCCUCAGGUACAUACCUGCCAGAUUGGAUCUACGAUAUUGCUGAUGAACGCGGCGUAUUACUCUGGAGCGAGUUCCAAUUUAGCGAUACCUUGUAUCCUGACAGCCCGGAUUUCAAGGAAAAUGUUGUUGGCGAGAUCACCUAUAAUGUCCGUCGGUUAAAUCACCAUGCCUCUUUGGCAUGCUGGAUGGGCGGUAAUGAGUUUGAGAACUUGAUGUUGCCGAUAGCUCAGGGCGCCGAUCCAGAAACUUACCCAUAUGUCCUCGGACAGUAUGAAAAUCUCUUCAUUACUACGCUAUUCAAUGUCUUGGCUGCCAAUAGUCAUUCCAUAUCGUACAGCCCUUGCAGUGCAAACAAUGGUUGGCUAGAGAUUGAUCUUGAUCUUCCCGUACCUAUUGUUGAGCGGUACUACAAUACUACCAGCGGGCACAUCUACGGCGACACUGACUUUUACAACUACGACACCUCUGUUUCCUUUGAUACCUCCGCAUAUCCUGUUGGUCGCUUCGCCAACGAAUUUGGCUUUAUCAGCAUGCCCAGCAUUCAGACAUGGCAGCAAGCCGUUGAUCCUGAAGACCUCUCCUUCAACUCGACAACGGUCAUUCUAAGAAAUCAUCACUACCCGGCCGGCGGACUGACCAGGAAUAUUCACAAUAGCACUUUGGGCCAAGUUGAAAUGACGCUGGCUGUUGAGCGGUACUAUCCUACACCCGACAAGACCGAUCCAGUGGCCAAUUUUAGCUCAUGGUGCCAUGCUACUCAACUGUUCCAGGCAGACAUGUAUAAAUCCGAGAUUCAGUUCUACAGGCGUGGCAGCGGCUUGCCAGAGAGACAACUUGGCUCUCUCUAUUGGCAGCUCAACGACAUCUGGCAAGCCCCAACCUGGGCAGGCCUUGAGUACGACGGACGGUGGAAGGUGUUACCAUAUGUCUCUCGCAGGACUUAUGAGCAUGUUAUUGCAUCGGCUUUCUGGAACUACACUGCUAAUGAGUUGGAGAUCUGGGUAACUUCUGAUCUCUGGGAGUCUGUUUCUGGUCAAGUCUCGUUGACUUGGGUUGAUUUGAAGGGCAACCCGAUUGCAAACAACGCGGGCAUGCCGAAAUCGUCGACAUUCCAUGUAGGUGCCAUCAACACAACACAGAUCAUCUCAACCAACGUAAAGUCAGAUCUCAAGAUUCCAGAUACUAGUGAUGCUGUCUUGAUUAUCGAACUUACAGCUCACGGCAAGCUCCCCAAUGCAGCCAGCGGGAAGACAACUGCCUUUACUCAUCACAAUCACUUCCUCCCCGUGUGGCCCAAUCAAGCCAAGGUGUCAGAUCCCAAGCUAAAGUUAUCGUAUAACAAAUCUACAAAGAAAUUCACGGUGGAAGCUACGGCUGGCGUAUCUCUGUAUACCUGGCUGACGCACCCAGCUGGUGUUCUGGGCUUUUUUGACGACAAUGCAUUUGUUUUGAGACCAGGCGAGAAGAAGGAGGUUGGAUUUACACUUCAGCAAGACACCACUGGUGGGAAGUGGACUGAGCAGGUUACGGUGGAGAGCUUAUGGGACUUGACCACACCAUAGUCUUAACAGUCGGCAUAAAGUACAGGAUUAGCAGAAUAGAUGGCUAUCAUUACGU